GCGCCUCUUCCCUCCUCCUCCUCCUCCUUCUCCUCCUCCUCUCGCCGCGCCUGAGCUCUGCGCGGCCCCCCCAUCCCCAGCGGCAACCCGCAGGAAAAGCACAACCAACCCCCCCAAAACAAGUCCUCCUCCUGUCUUUCCCUCCCCCCCCCAACAGGCUUUUCCCUUCUCUUUUCCUCUCUCUUUUUUUAUUUUUUUUUCUUUCUUUCUUUCUCUGUGUGUGUGUGUGCUGAAUUCCCUGCAGAUCCGGCCUGGAAGUUCCCAGCUCCUGGAGUUAAGCCUCUUUGUUGCUUCCCUUCGUUUGGGGCAUCUUUGUUGUUUCUUCCCCCCACCCCUACCCCCCCGCCCCACCUCCACUGCCUGCUCCACUGGAGAUUGCGGAAUCCACUGCCACACCUCCACUGCAUCCACUGAGGCAGCUUAUGGGACCCUUCCCUGGGCACCUCUGCCCCAGGACACACUGCAUGGGAUGGCAAUGACACAUGGAAAGAAGAGACCCAUGUCCCCCAUCCCUUGUCUCAUCCUUGCAGCUGCUAGCUGCUUUGCCAGACUGAGUGAAUCUCUGCAGGUCACCGUGCAGCCAGCUUCCAUUGUCCAAAAGCUUGGGGGUGCAGUCAGCCUGGGGUGCGUGGUAGACCUCCCCAGAGAAAACCUCACCUGGAGACUGAAUGGGAAGGAGCUGUCUGGAUCUGAUGAGGUGCUGGGUAUCCACAUCGAGGGAGGGAAACUCAUCAUCAUGGCUCUCAACAACCACACCGUGGGGCGAUACCAAUGCAUUGCUCGUGUGCCUGAAGGAAUCAUUGCCAGUGUUCCCGCAGUGGUUACCUUAGCCAAUCUCAAAGAUUUCAAGUUCGAUGGACAGCACGUGAUUGAGGUGGAUGAAGGGAACACGGCUGUGAUUGCCUGUGACCUACCAGAAAGUCACCCCAAGGCUCAGGUCCGCUACAGUGUGAAGCAGGAGUGGCUUGAGGCCUCCCGAGACAAUUACCUCAUCAUGCCAUCCGGAAACCUUCAGAUCGUCAAUGCCAGCCAAGAGGAUGAGGGGACUUACAAAUGUGCUGCCUACAACCCCGUGACGCAGGAGGUGAAAACCUCGGUCUCCAGUGAGAGGCUCCGUGUGAGACGCUCCACAGCAGAGGCAGCCCGGAUAAUCUACCCCCCCGAAGCUCAAACGAUCAUUGUCACCAAGGGCCAAAGCCUCAUUCUGGAGUGUGUGGCCAGCGGGAUUCCCCCACCCCGGGUCACCUGGGCCAAGGAUGGCUCCAGCGUCUCUGCAUACAACAAGACACGUUUCCUGCUCAGUAACCUCCUCAUUGACCCCACGAGUGAGGAGGACUCGGGGACCUACAGCUGCACGGCUGACAAUGGGGUGGGAGAGGCUGGAGCUGCCUUCAUCUUCUACAACGUGCAAGUGUUCGAGCCCCCAGAGGUCACCAUGGAGCUGUCCCAGCAGAUCAUCCCCUGGGGCCAGAGCGCCAAGUUCACCUGCGAGGUGCGAGGGAACCCCCAGCCCUCUGUCAUGUGGCUUCACAACGCUGUCCCCCUCUCUGCCAGCCACCGGCUCCGGCUGUCCCGCAGAGCGCUGCGGCUGCUCAGUGUGGGGCCUGAGGAUGAUGGCAUCUACCAGUGCAUGGCAGAGAAUGAGGUCGGCAGUGCACAAGCCAUGGUGCAGCUGAGGACAGCCCGGCCAGGAGCUACACUCAACCCUAGGCGAGAUGCCUGGCUGGGGUCAGCUCAGCCUCCGACACUGCCUUCCAGGGACAGUGCCUUAAAGCUGCCCCUGGAUAAAGCUGGACUGCCAAAGCCUGGCACAACCCCACUGGCAGUGUCCCCACACUGCACAGCCAACAAGGAGCUGGUGUCUCCAGCUGAGGCCCCCAUCAUCCUCAGUUCUCCCCGGACAUCCAAGACAGACAGCUACGAUCUGGUGUGGAGACCCCGGCCUGACAGCAAAGCCCCCAUCCUCUAUUACGUGGUGAAACAUCGCAAGCAGGUCACCAACACCUCAGACAGCUGGUCAGUGAGGGACGUCCCAGCCUCUCAGCACCGCCUGACACUCACCAGACUGGACCCUGGGAGCCUCUACGAGGUGGAGAUGGCCGCUCACAACUGUGCCGGCGAGGGACAGACGGCCAUGGUGACCUUCAGGACUGGUAAAGGCCGGCGCCCAAAACCAGAGAUUGUUGCCAGCAAAGAACAGCAAAUCCAGAGGGAUGACCCAGGCACAAGCACUCAGAGCAGUAACCUGUCUGACAACAGCCGCCUGUCCCCUCCAGAGGCACCAGACCGUCCAACCAUCUCCAUGGCAUCGGAGACAUCUGUGUAUGUGACCUGGAUCCCCCGUGGGAAUGGUGGGUUCCCCAUCCAGUCUUUCCGUGUGGAAUAUAAGAAACUGAAGAAGCUGGGAGACUGGGUCCUAGCCACCAGUGACAUCCCUCCCUCUCGCCUCUCUGUGGAAAUCCCAGGCCUGGAGAAAGGUACUUCCUAUAAAUUCCGUGUCCGGGCACUGAACAUCCUGGGACAGAGCGAGCCCAGCGCGGCGUCUCGGCCAUACGUAGUGUCCGGGUACAGCAACCGGGUCUACGAGCGCCCUGUGGCCGGGCCAUACAUCACCUUUACAGAUGCCAUCAAUGAGACUACCAUCAUGCUGAAGUGGAUGUAUAUCCCAGCCAGCAACAACAACACUCCCAUCCAUGGCUUUUACAUCUACUACCGCCCCACUGACAGUGACAAUGACAGCGACUACAAGAAGGAUGUGGUGGAAGGAGAUCGGUACUGGCACUCCAUCAGCCACCUGCAGCCAGAGACCUCGUAUGACAUCAAGAUGCAAUGCUUCAACGAAGGUGGUGAAAGCGAGUUCAGCAAUGUGAUGAUCUGUGAAACCAAAGCUCGGAAGUCUCUUGGACUGCCAGGUCGUCUUCUGCUCUCAACAGUGCCUCCCCAGCAGCAUCCCCCACUCAGUGGUGGGCACAGUGGCCUGGGCACAGGAGCCAUGAUGGCCCGUUCCAGCGAUUUGCCUUACUUGAUUGUUGGCGUUGUGCUGGGCUCUAUCGUACUCCUCAUUGUGGCCUUCAUACCCUUUUGCCUUUGGAGAGCCUGGUCCAAGCAGAAACAAACCAUCGACAUGGGCUUCCCAGGAGCUGGGUUGCUGGUAUCAUCCUGCCAGUACACCAUGGUGCCUCUGAGGGGCAUCUCUGCUCCCCGUGCCAAUGGACACCCCUAUGUUAAUGGGCAGCCCUAUGCCAGUGGGGCACAUAUGAAUGGCAUCUGCCCUUCUGCAGGAGUGGGCUAUGCAAGCACCAAGCCCAGAGAUUACAGUCCAGAUGAAGUGCCACAGUCACAUGAAGAAACCAAUGCCUUGCUGCAGACAAGAGUGCUGCAAAAUGGGAAUGUCCAGCAAGACUACCAGACCUCCAGGUUGCUCAGCUCACAGACAGAAGAUGGCUCUUUCCUCUACAGUCUUCCAGAUGACUCAACUCACCAGCUUCUUCAGCCACAAGAUGAGUGUCCUCACCUUCAAGAGCACUUUGUUGGCCUCCAUCAUCCAGUGAUGGGCAGCAAAGUGGGAGGCCCUAGCCUGGAUCCUCGACGGGAUCCCCUGUUCCACCAAGGAAACUCUUGCUGUCUAGGCCUAGUGCCAGUUGAAGAGGUGGAAAGACUAGAUUGCUGCCAGUCCAGAGGAGACCUCCAUCUCCGGAAUUCAGAGAGCACAUCUUUGGGUCAGGACCUACCAAGACACCUGAACAGCAGCCCGCCACCACUGAGGCCCUUAGAGACUCAUUCUCCUACCAGCUAGGGACCAAGCUGCCUUUUGCAAAGACUUAGUAUAAAGAGAAAAAGAGAAUGGGUAUUUAUUUUUGUAUAACACCCCUAUUUAUAUAUUUAUGCACUUGUAUAUAAAUGUAUAUGUGCCUUUCAUAAUGCUAUGGAGACAGAAGGCAUCCUCAGCAAGGUCACAGGAGCACCCAAGAAACAAGGGAGCAGCUCUCCAUGGCACAGAGCUGUUCAUCAGAGCACAGGACUGAAUUAGCAGCACAACAAAUGUCACGGGACGUGGGUCCAAACAGCUGCCACCACCAAGAUCCAGUACCCUCUUGCAGUGAGGUCUUCAUGAAAGCCAACUAUCACAAAGGUCUUUUUCUCUCCUCUCCUGGGAAGGCAUGUCCCAUUCCCACAGGAACAGGCUCCUGUGAACGAACUGGAGUUAUGCAUUCUGCCUGUUUAAAGCAAACAGCCCUUCACAUACACGCCCUCUGCAGCCGCGUAUCUGUAAAGACAAACCCACGCUUUGACACCUAAAAUAAAGGCUUUAGUCUUUUCUA